AUGUCUAAAGGUAAAGUUUGUUUGGCUUAUUCGGGAGGUUUGGAUACCUCUGUUAUUCUCGCCUGGUUGAUUGAACAGGGAUAUGAAGUCGUUGCUUUUAUGGCCAACAUUGGUCAGGAAGAGGAUUUUGAAGCUGCUAAGAUCAAGGCUUUAGCUAUCGGUGCCACUAAGUUUGUUUGUGUCGACAUUCAAGAGGAGUAUGUGAAAAAGGUUCUUUUCCCCGCUAUCCAGGUGAAUGCUAUUUAUGAGAAUGUAUACUUAUUGGGUACUGCCUUGGCCAGACCUGUUAUUGCAAAGGCUCAGAUUGCUGUUGCUGAGCAGGAAGGUUGUUUUGCUGUUACACACGGAUGUACUGGUAAGGGAAAUGAUCAAGUCAGAUUUGAAUUGUCAUUCUACGCUUUGCAGCCUGAUAUCAAGGUGAUUACUCCAUGGAGAGAGCCUUCGUUUUUCAAAAGAUUUGCUGGUAGACAAGAUUUGCUUGACUAUGCCACUGAGAAGGGUAUUCCAGUGCAUCAGACUAAAUCUAAACCCUGGUCCACAGAUGAAAACAUGGCUCAUAUUUCUUUUGAGGCCGGUAUCUUGGAAGAUCCAAAUCACACGCCUCCAAAAGAUAUGUGGAAGUUAACAGUGGAUCCUCUGGACGCUCCUGACGAGCCUGAAGAUUUCACCAUACAAUACAAGCAAGGUAUACCUGUUAAGUUGACCUUGGCCGAUGGUACCGAGGUUUCUGACCCGGUGAAGUUAUUCUUGACGGCCAAUGCUAUUGCCAGAAGGAACGGUGUCGGCAGAAUUGAUAUUGUUGAAAACAGAUUUAUUGGCAUCAAGUCCAGAGGUUGUUAUGAGACUCCAGGAUUGACCAUCUUAAGAAGUUGCCAUGUUGAUCUUGAAGGUUUGACUUUAGACAGGGAGGUUAGAGCUAUCAGAGACAGCUAUGUUACCCCAACUUAUUCUAGAUUGUUGUACAACGGUAAGUACUUUACUCCAGAGUGUGAGUACGUCAGAACUAUGAUUGCUCCUUCCCAGAAGACUGUCAAUGGUGUUGUUAGAGCAAGAUGUUACAAGGGUUCUUUGUCCAUUCUUGGCAGAUAUUCCUCCACGGAGCAUUUGUAUGAUGCUACCGAGUCUUCUAUGGAUGAGUUGACUGGCUUUGAGCCUGUUGAUGCAAGCGGAUUUAUUGCUAUCCAGUCCAUUAGAAUCAAGAAGUAUGGUCAGAGCGCUAGAAAGGAUGGCGGUUCUCUCAAUCUAUGA